UCUUAAAGAGCCCCGUCGCACCGCGCCCCCCCAACACCCCCUCGGCCCGCCGCGCAGCCCCAGCGGCCGCCCCGCACCCGCGCUUCUCCCGGCGACCGGCGGGGCGGGGAGCCCGGCGAGCCGCACUGCGGGCGGGCCCGCGUCUCCGUUCCCGAGGGCGGCCGCAGGUGAGUGCGGACCCGAGGUGGCUGCUGUGGUCUCGGCGUCCGGCCCAAGUUCAGCGCGGCGCUGGGGCCGGAGGCGGGUAGGAGGAGGGGCGGGGGACGCGGGGACAGGACGCUCCGUGAACUGGACGCUGGCGAGCCUGCGCCGUCGGCUGGGGCCGGAGGGAGCGGCCCGGCACCGUGCGUCCUACCCACUCCGGCGAGUUCCCCAGAGACAAACGUGCGAGGUCAGUGCGGCGGUAUAGCUGGUGGGCACGGCAGGCGUGGGGAGGGCGGCUCCGUCGUCUUUGCGGGGCGCUCUGCCGGAGGACCAGGGCAGACCCCCGCCCCACUCUGUGUUCUCUUUCCCGGCGCCCCAGCGCGGGGUCCUGCGCGGCUGCAGGACAGAAUUCAGUGCCGCUGGGAGGCGAGGAGGGGGACCGUGUGCACUGCCCAACUGAGGUCUCGUUCCCUCGGGCCGCCGGCGAACCGCUGUAUGCUGGGGGCUGGAGGUCAGCGGCAAGCGGAAAGAUUGUACCGGAUCUUGCGGGGGAGUUUGCGGGAAGGAAGGGGGCGGGAGCGACCAAGCCCAGCACUCAGAGUCCUGCAGCUGUGCGCUCUGCAGACCCGCCUCGCCCGGCGCCCCGGGUUCCCUGCUUGUUGACUUGGGAGCGGAACCGUCCUGAGCCCCUGGCGUGGGCCGGGAAGCCGAUUGUGCCGAGCGGUCUGCUGUGACACUUAGGCUAGGUCUCCGGGCCCCGGAGGAAGCAGGCGGUGCUGGAUUUCUCUUUGACCCUCAUUGUGGAAUAAACAGGAAGCAAUGAGCACCCAGCCCGGCCGGCACUUGCCUUUGUUGUGGGGUCUGCCUGGCCCGGCGCAGUUCAAGCCUUAUAUUUGUAACACCAGACUGCUGUCUUCUGAUCAGACCAUUUUCAAGAGCUGACAUCAGUUUUCAUACAGUUUAAACGCAAGGGGAGAGACAAGUGCAGAGCUGCAGCUGAGACCAUACUGAGCUCUCUUGGAGCAGCAGAGACCCAUGCAGGACGCUACUGACGGCUGAGGAGGCCCUGACUCUGAGGCAGGACAGCAGUCUUGGCAGGACAGCCUCCUUCACUGCCAUGCUCACCAUGGCCUCCGCUCUCUGGCUGGACGGCUGACGCGCCCCUGUGCCCUAGGUGCUGCUGGACUGGGUGCCGCCCCAGUUUCCACCUGCGCUCAGGGUGUAGGAGUAGGCAGGUGGGCUUCAGAUGUUACCAAGAGUCAGUGAGGGCCAAGCAAUGGACUCCGAUGAGCUAAGAUGGAAGUGACCUGAGGCCUUGCCCAGGCGGCUUACUCUCAACAGGACAGCUUGAGAGUUGGGCACAGGCUUGUCCGGGAGCAGUAUGCAGGAGGCUGGUUUUCAGGCCACACGUGCUUUCACAGAGUGCAAGUUCACCUGCACCAGCGGUAAGUGCUUGUCUCUUGGCUCACUGGUCUGUAACCAGGAAAAUGACUGUGGGGACAACAGUGAUGAAGAAAACUGUCUCCUGGUGACUGAACAUCCACCUCCAAGCAUCUUCAACUCGGAGCUGGAGUUCGCCCAGAUCAUCAUCAUAGUCGUAGUAGUCACAGUGAUGGUCAUAGUCAUCGUCUGCCUGCUGAAUCAUUACAAAGUCUCCACACGGUCCUUCAUCCAUCGCCCGAGUCAGAGCCGGAGGCAAGAGGACGGGCUGCAGCCGGAAGGGCACCUGUGGCCUUCAGACAGCUCCCGGCCCCGGCCAGUUCCCUCAGAGAUCAUGUAUGCCCCACGCUCCAGGGACAGGUUUCCUGCCCCAUCCUUUAUCCAGAGGGAUCGGUUCAGCCGCUUCCAGCCCACCUAUCCCUAUGUGCAGCAUGAAAUUGACCUUCCUCCCACCAUCUCCCUGUCUGACGGGGAGGAGCCACCUCCUUACCAGGGGCCCUGUGCGCUGCAACUCAGGGACCCUGAACAGCAGAUGGAACUCAACCGAGAAUCUGUGAGGGCCCCACCCAACCGAACCAUAUUUGACAGUGAUUUAAUAGAUGUUUCUGUGUACAGUGGGGGCCCGUGCCCACCCAGCAGCAACUCGGGCAUCAGUGCCAGCAUGUGCAGCAGUGGUGGGAGGAUGGAGGGGCCACCCCCGACCUACAGCGAGGUGAUGGGCCACUACCCAGGCGCCUCCUUCUUCCACCACCAGCACAGCCACGUGCACAGGGGCAGCAGACUGCCGUUCCAGCGGGACAGCUCGGGGAGCACCGUGGUGCCCUUCCCGGUUAAAGACAGGAAGCCUGGGGACCUUGUCUGAUGCUCAACGGCGCAAGUGGAGGAGAAUGCCACCCAGGAGAGAGGGGGCUGUGCUGCCCCUCUGCGCCUGGGCACGUGCUAUUCAGUUUUAACGUGCUACAACUGAGUAAAGCCAAAUGUGCAAAUGUGGUCUUUGUUUCUGAUUCCUUUCAGGGGAACUGCAUGCAGAAGAGACUGAAAUAAUACAAACUUCCACCCUGUCUGACCGCAAACAGUGUUUAUUGGGGGCAGGCGUUGGGGGCAGGGGAUGGUUUUGGCAAAGGGUGGGUGUGGGAACGCAGAGAAAGGGAUACUUGGAAGCUGUUGUGAAGUAAAACCCACAGAGGCACCUGAUGUAUUUAACAUGAAGGCAGAUUUUGCAGAGAAAGAGGCCCAAAUGGCCUUUUUCAUAACCAACUGAUAAGGGUACACUAUUAUAUAUCACCCCAGGAAGAAUUGGCCAGUUUGCUUUUUCUCCCAAGGUGUGGAGCUCUUAUUUUGUUCUAAAAAUAUGAUUCAAAAUUUCUGUUUUGUGUGCUCAGAAAUAAAGAGGGGGGAGUUAGAUGAGCGCACGGAGUUGAUGUGUGUUGUGGUGGUGUGGUCGAAGUUGCACCACCUUAAUGUUCAAACUCCCUGGGAGGGGGCUCUUUCACAGGAAGCUGUGUGCGCUGCCUCUUCUCCCGUGGAUGAGUGCUAGGCAGAACAGCCUGGAGGGCUCCCUUAAUCCUGCCGGAGGUAGCCUAACCCCUGCUGCCUUUGUCAGUCAGGAAAGUCAUCACCAGAGCUCUGGGAGACUUUUGGAUGGAAGAUAGCAAGUGCUGAAUUCCCGCAUUCCUGACCUGUUGAGUCCCUCUGCCAGCCUUCGGCUGCCUACCUUAUUAAAUUGAACCCAACACAUGCAUUUAUGUGCCCUCCAACAGUGCAGUUUCUUCGGUAGUGUAGUUUUUUUUCCCCUGUGGCAUGAAAUACACUCAGAUACAUACAUAAUUUUAUGCAAUAAAUUGUUUAAGAUGCAAGGUGGUUACUUUUAAUACUGCUGACACCUGUGACUUCUCAGUGUGUUCCCAUUGUGUCUUUCCUUUCCCAGGUAGUUCAGGUCAGGCAGGGCGGCUGCUUGGUGCUGCCAAGGCUCCCAUGCAGCCACCUGGCCUUGGCAUGAGGGUUUGGCAGUGGGCUCUUUAGGCACAGGAAGCCCCUGGAGGUGACUGAGGAGCGCCAUGUUGCCAGGCAUGGUAAGCCACUGCACACCACUAGUGCGGUACAGCCCUCUAGCAGGAAUGCAGCACUCGGAACCUACCCAGUGCCUGUGGGAGCCUGCUCAUUCUCUGCAGUGGUGGCCAGAGCUGGACAAUCAGUGACAAACCAGAGCAGGGCUGGGAGCGACUCUCAGAGCACAGGAUAAAAAGCACAAUGUGCAGUAAGAAAAUGCAACUAGACAACUAAUUUUAAAUACUAUUGAAUGUCUUAGUCUUAAUCCCGAUAUUUGCAAACAUCCAUUCUUAUGUAAAACACCUUUCUUCUGAAAGUCAGCAUGGCCAGUGGCUCCACAGUAGUGGCCCUGGGAGGGCUCAUCUGUGGCAGCUACCCACCCGGGGCAAUUAUGCCCUCCAGCAUGAAACAGUGUUUGGGGUGCCAUCGCUAAGCACCGUGGACUGCAACUGUCUGAGGAUCUAAGCAGCGACAGCCCGUGAAGGCCUGUGUGUGGGCUGAGCUGGAGAAGUCCAUGUCCUGUCCACUGCCCCUUGCUGUUUUAUGCUGUUUCUGUUGGUUGCAAGGUAGCUGGGUUUUGUUUUGUCUUGGGGAUUGGACCCUGCAUUAGAUUCUCCCAUGCCACACAGUAACUUCCACAGAACUAGCUAGGCUCUUAAAAGGAGAAAGAAAAGGGGCAACAGUUGUCACUCGUGCUUCAGACCCUGUCUGAAGUGUGUCCACCGAGGGCUUCAGUGGGGGUCCCAGCCAGGCAGGCCUGCGCCCUCCAGCCCCCCCACCAACCUGCUCACUGCUCUUGGAGCCAGCUGUGCUCAACGGAGGCAGGUGUCUCCUGGCGGGGAGCCUCACCUCACCCUGGCAGCUGAAGAUGAGGAACCUUGUCCCAGUGGUGGAGGCUUGGGGCAGGUCAUUGCUGGAUUGUCCCCUCAGUUGCAAAGUGGGGUUAGCUAAUGAUGUCAUCCUUCCAAACCUUGCCUGUAAUUCUGGUAAAGUGGGUGAAACCCAUCCCGUAGCUCAAAAUGGUUUUACAAUGCUUAUUUUUCUACCUGCUACAAGAAUGAGCCAUGGUUAGAAACCUGUACAUUCUUUAGUCACUUUAGAAGUAUAUGAACAUUCUGCAGAUGUCCACAGUAUUGGCAAAAUAAUUAUUUAAUUCAAAUAACCUUAAUCGUCCGAGAAAACAGAUUCCUUCCCACUCAGCCUAAAGAAUUGCCCUUUGAGUUAAAUAGUUAAAGACACAGUCACAUCAACCAUGGCUUGAUUGGUCUUUGAGGAUCUUCAAUAAUGACUUCGUUUAAAAGCCAAGGUCAUCAGUUGAAAAGUAAUAGUCAGUUUCCCCUUGACAUAAGAAAAAGGUGAUUGAGAGCAGAGGCUCUUGAAGGUUGUGGCUAGCCUGUUUGCACAGUGCUGCCCCUCGCUGCCUGGUGUGGGAAAGGAGACUAUGGGGACGCAGUCUGCACAGCAGGCCUGAUACCCAGGAGCCAACAUGCUCACAGAACCCAGGCUCCAGUUUAGAAACUGGUGGGUCAGGCAGUCAGGAAUAGGCUUAGGAGUUCAGUAGAGCAUUUAAAAAAUGGAUCACAGUGUUCAAAAGGACAGCUGGUGGGAACUGAUACUCCUGGGCAUCCUGCUGUCCAUUUGUCCCGUUUGUCCAUUGUCCCAGGGACUUCCAGGAGCAUGAAGCCCAAGGUGUGUUGAGUCCCAUUUAUAGCAGCACAAAGUUCAGGCAGAUAGCUUCUUUUUCAGUAAGUGUAGCGUUCUUCAGAUACUGAAGCAGUCCUUGGUACAAGAUAUUUUGCUAAACAAAUUAAGCAUUUAAAAGUGGAUCUAUUCUUUGAGUCACUAACCAAACAUAAUGCCAAAGAAGCUUGGCAAGCUUACCCUGCAUUCUCUCCAAGAUGUGUAUGGACACACAGCCCAUGAGAAACUUCAAGAUAGCGGAAGGACUAUACUUAAGUCCACAAAUUUCAGCUCAAGGUUAUGGGAGAGGAAGUGGAGCCAGCAGGACAGGGGCCUCAGCACAUGGGGCAUGUGGUUCACAUGACCUGACUUCCCAGAGCUCCACGCUGUCCCCUUCGUUUGCCAUCAUGAGAAGGAGAAGGGCCCAGAAGGCAAGUCCUUUUAAAAGGGUUGUGCUUCUCUGCUCCGAUCCCUGCUUCUCCUAGAGCCAGCCUGCCCUGUGACAGGGCACCUUGCGGCCUGUCUGCCCCACCGGGAGACCCAGGCGCCACAGCCCCCAUGGGGCAAGCCCGGUGAGUGCAGUACCGAUGACCCCAGCUGGUAGCUUCACCCUUCAUUUUCUUAAAAUUCCUAAGCUCAGCAGUGUACGAAGGGAAAAACUGGGAAGGAUACUUGGGUUUUGUUAACUGUUUGUUUGAUUUUGUCUAUGUGACUAAAACAGAAAAAACACCAGUGCUUGGCACCAAGCCUUUGUAGGUGACAUAGGCCCCCUCCUAGCUUUCCUUCGGUGUUCCCAACCCCAGGGGACAGCAGGGCUGAGGCUCACCUGGUCUGACAGGCCUUGAGGACCAUUGAGAAAGUCAUGGUUGGGUGACACGCUAGCAAGUCUCCACAGAGACUGUGUCUAACCAGUCACAGAGCAAGAAGCCUUGCAUCCCCCAAAUCACAGACAAUGGUCUUGAUUGCUGGGUGCCAGCCCCGCUGGGCAUGGGUUCCAAGCAGGCCCUCUUGUCCAGGCCCCAAGCGGCCAGCAUGAAAGACUCCCCGAGCUGGAGUCACCACCUCAGCUUAGGUAACUUCACCUCCCAUAGAGCUGCAUCUUUUGCAUAGUCCAAGUGUAUAGUUUGCUGCCAGGAUCAGGCAGUCAGGCUGCAGUGUCAGGGAGCUGGUGAGUAGUUGGGAGGCCUUGCUGGGCGAGCACCGUCUUCCUUCAGUCCUGUCCCCGCCUUUCGGUGUGCUCAUUUACUGUACACGGGGGACUGAACUGCAGACUUCGAUGCGCAAACUUGUGUGCUGUGUGGAUCCCUAUUCAUUUUCGAGCUCUGCAUGUCAGGAGUUUUAAAGCAACCCAUCCACUUCCAGCAGACUCGGGGAGCUGGGGCCCUACCAGCGCCAUGCUCUGCUGUCACCUUUGUCGUGCCUCACUUACAAUGGUGCUUUAUCAGCCAUCCGUCUUUCCUUGUGUUUUAUUUGUAAGGUGCUGUAUAUAACUUGAAUAUAUUAUGCACAUAUCCUACCCAAUGGGUAGAACAAAAAAAUUGUUAAUAUUGUAAUAUAAUGUAUAGAUACGAAUUUUAACAGAAAUGGCAUAGAAUUUGUGAAUGCCUAUGUGCUUUGUCCUCUUUUGUAAGGAAAUUUGCAAAUGUAUGCAUACAGAUAAAAGUCUGUGCAGUUUAUUUUCCUAUUAAAUAUCAAUAUAAUAACACAAGGAAAAGAAGUCUGAACAAGUAAGCCACGGUUUAUGACCAGCAUAUGUAUAGCAAUCGAGAGCUGCAUCUUUGCUAUGAAAACACUUUUGAAAUACUAAUUUUAAAAAAUCCCACAGCUUUUGGGUUGCCACUAUAUGCUUCUUAAUCUCUUUAGUAAUGCUCAGUUGGACCAGUGUGUGUUAGAAAAAAAAUUGAUUUUUCAAUUUGCUUUAUGAAAAGACAUUAUCUCAUGUUACAGAAUAAUGAAGAUGGCAGAUCCAGGGAAAAGUGCACAUUUUGUUAAAAUUGCAAAAAUUAUGUCAGAGUAAAUAAUGGCCUACAGCAGAGGACUUUGUUCAGCAUAGAGCUAACCUUCCCAUAAGGUCCCAAGUUUCUCUGGGCCUUUCUCUUUGGAAAAACUGAAGCUGUGGAGUCAAUGAACUACCAGUAGUUUGUAGGGACAGAAUACCUUGGGAAAGCGAAUGCACUGAACACUGCCCUUCAUAGAAACUGUCUCGUUUUGGGUUAUCAUUAGUAGAGAUAUAGCUAGCAGCCAGAGAAUCUUACAUUCAUUCCUGUUGCUGUCUCAUGGUGAUCUCAACCCAAAAACAAGCCUGGUUUUGCCAUCAGUGAGGGUCACAUUUUCAGCUGCAUGUUAUCACACUGCUUACUCAUCAUCUACUUCCAGUUCAGUUUUUAGUGUCUGUGACUUCUGCUUUUAUCUUAGUAUUUUCACAUUAUGAACAGAAAUGCCUACAAUGUUUCACUAAAACCACUAUUGAACCAUGGGUGUCUGCGUCCUUUCCAAUGUUGUCUGUGAAGACAAUCGUGAGGUUUCGCCUCUCCAAUCCAUUUCUAUUUCAUUGUCAUCAGAGGGUAAUUCUAAUAACUCCACAUUGUUAAUUUACUGUGUGGUGUAUGUUGUGAUUUUAAAAAUCACUACAGGAUCAUUACCUUAACCUCCACAAAACAAAUUACCAAUUAAUGAGCUGACUAAAAAGUCAGCCUUUUUUUUAUAAUGUUCUGAAAGGACCUUGAAAAGAGAAUUAUCUCACGUGCUCUGUCCACCCAGCACGUUGUCUGCUGUGCUGCAGGGGCCCCCUCAGGAUCAGUACUGAGAACGGAGGCUCCUUUGGCCAGAAACACCCCACCCUGCUCCGGGUUCCAUCUCUUGGGAGAACUGUUGGGCAUGCGUGUCAUCGGAGAAUGUUCUAGACUCAGAGGUUACUAAAAUUUGUUACCAUGCCAUUGCUUCCUUUCUACAGAACUAAUGAGGCUUAAACUUCAUUGUUAAUGAUGCUGGUUCAUUUUGAUGUGCUUGUUGGUAUAUUGCUAUUUUUCAUUCCAUAGCUUUCAAAAAUCCCAUUUUCUAAUUGUACACUUGUCUAGUUUAAAGCUACUUCAAAAUACUGCUCAUAGUGUUUAUUAGUUAAUUUUUAUUAUAAUGCAGCCUACUAAAAAAGUACAACUGUAUUGGAACUUUUCAACGGUUCAUAUGUGACCUGAUAAUUAGACGUCAUUAAGGUAUCUAACAGCGAUUUGUGCUUUCGUUUCAACACAAUUCCCAGUUACACACAGAAAAAGGUUUUCAGCUAUUGUGUAUUUGCCUCUUUUAACUCAACAGUGGUGAUGUAGGUCUUGGAACUGAAGUCUGCAAUCACAAUACUUUUAAAGAAAGAUGUUGCUCUAAGUGCUGUUAGUUAUGAAAUCAGCUUUUGCUGCUUGUUCUUAAUGUUGUGGUCAAACCACAGCACAAAAUCAUUAAAAAUAACCAGUGAUA